CCCCCCGUGCCAGAGCGCAAGCGCGGGCUGCAGCGGGCCAAGAUGGCGGCGGCGGCGGCGGCGGCGGCCGCUGAGCAGCAAAGUUCCAAUGGACCAGUGAAGAAGUCCAUGCGGGAGAAGGCUGUGGAGCGAAGGAACGUUAACAAAGAGCACAAUAGCAACUUUAAAGCCGGGUAUAUUCCUAUCGAUGAAGAUCGCCUCCAUAAGACUGGCCUGAGAGGGAGAAAGGGCAACCUGGCCAUCUGUGUGAUUGUCCUCCUGUUUAUCCUGGCUGUCAUCAACCUACUCAUUACGCUUGUCAUCUGGGCUGUGAUUCGCAUCGGGCCAAAUGGCUGUGACAGCAUGGAGUUCCACGAAAGCGGCCUGCUGCGAUUCAAGCAAGUGUCUGACAUGGGCGUCAUCCACCCGCUCUACAAGAGCACCGUGGGAGGAAGGAGGAAUGAGAACCUGGUCAUCACUGGCAACAACCAGCCAAUUGUUUUUCAGCAAGGAACAACCAAGCUGAGUGUUGAAAAGAACAAAACGUCUAUCACCAGUGACAUUGGAAUGCAGUUUUUUGACCCAAGGACACAGAACAUCUUAUUCAGCACGGAUUACGAGACUCACGAGUUUCAUCUGCCAAGUGGAGUGAAAAGUCUGAAUGUUCAGAAAGCGUCCACUGAAAGGAUUACCAGCAAUGCUACCAGUGAUUUAAAUAUCAAAGUCGAUGGGCGUGCAAUUGUGCGUGGCAAUGAAGGCGUGUUCAUCAUGGGCAAAACCAUCGAAUUUCACAUGGGGGGCAAUGUGGAGCUAAAGGCUGAAAACAGCAUCAUCCUCAACGGAACUGUGAUGGUCAGCCCAACGCGCCUGCCCAGUUCCUCCAGCGGGGACCAGUCGGGGAGCGCUGACUGGGUACGGUACAAGCUCUGCAUGUGUGCAGACGGCACGCUCUUCAAAGUACAAGUGACGGGCCACAACAUGGGCUGCCAGGUGGCAGACAACCCCUGUGGAAACACUCACUAGGAGCUCUGUCCCCGGGCCAGUGUGCUCCACUCUCCACUUGACCUUUUCUUUGAAGAUGCAUGUGAACCAUGUUUUUGCAGUUUGCAGUAACUUGUAAGUAUUUUAACUGGGGAGCACCACUGUAUGGAUUAUGUACUCUCCACACUUAAGAGACUUUUGAGUGCCUAAAUUCCGAUAUGCUUUAUUAAGUUGCACUGAUACUAAAAUGACAGUUCUCUAAAAUAAUUAUGAGAAAUUAAUAAAAUGAAAAGUACUCUUGAAGUGUUUUUAACAUUCUACUAUCUCUUGUCUAAAGGACAAAGGGAUGAAGAACUAUGUAAGUAAGCCUCUGUUGUCUCCACUGGGGACAGAUCCACUCGGGAUGUCCGGAGAGCAGAGCAUCACUGUCUGUGCUCUGUCUUUUGGCUUUUUGGGGGAAAGGCACAGAUUUUUCCUGCAUUAACCCAAAGCCACAUUUCACAAACCAGUCAUUGAAGAACUUUCCAUCCCUGAGCUUGUAAGAAACUAUGUUUCCUUAGUUUUGCACUAAAGAAAAUACUCUGUCAUGGAAUGUUUACUUAAAUAAUGAUACAUAUAAGUAUCUGCAGUGUGGCCGUUAAACCCCACCCCAGUUCUCACUUGUGUGUGGUAACUGUAGCUGUUGUCAUCAGGGGACCUCUCCUUCCCCAGCACCGUCCUGGACACUGUGUGUUUAAUCUCCUCAUUCUCUCGGAGCCUCUCGGGAAGUGCUUCAAUCCACCUCCACCCAUCAGGAAACUGAGUCAGAGAAGCUAAGGAACUGCCCCCCCACCAACCACGUAGUAAAGGAUGGAUCCUGGGUUGGAAUUCAAGUGCAAUUCUAAACUAGGGAAACUGAUUCCAGAUGUGUUUCUGCCUUUUAUACUCUACACUGAAUUGUCAGUUAUUUAAACCUCUCAGGAGAUGGAAAAGGCCUAAUUCUAAUUUACCUAUAGGUAAAAAUCAAACGUGUGCUACUCUAGUUAAGAUAACAAUCUGUUAGAAAAUAUGACCAAUCACUGUCAGAUUUUAAACUAUCUUGAGCCAGUUCCAAGCUGUCAUUCAAUAAACAGAUCUGCUCGGUCUGCGUGCCCCAUGGGAGCACCUGAAUGAGUUACAGAGAGGCCUGUAUAUUGUUCCUUAAGCCCUGGGGAGGCCAGGCCUCAGUAGGGCCUGCUGCCCGAUGUGUGUCCCCCUUUAGAAGUGUACUGCACCCAGGAACUAGUACACACUAGGACAAAGGGUGCUGACGCAGGAGAUGAUGCAGGAGACUUUAGCUAGGUAUAAAACUGUCUCUGCUCCUCAUCUCACUGUCUCAUUUUAACUAUUUACAGCCCUCAAACCAGUGGAUUCUUAUCGUAUUUUAUACUUGAUUUGACAGGAAUCUUCUGGUAUUACUGAGAUACAUGGGAUCGGGUACCCAGAAUGCAUAGCUGUAGACAGCAGGGAGGGGCCAUGGGCCGAGCCACAGAAGGACACUUGUACUGUCAUGGUCAUGUGUAGAUCAGAAAAUCAACCUAGAAAACAGUUUGUGUUCAACACUGUCACAGUUCUGUCCAGUGGAAAAACGGUAUACUUUAGAGAUCAUGAACUCAGGCUGAGACCUGACACUAAGUGCAUGUUAGAGAUGUAAAGGAAGAGAGCGAUGUAUGCCUCUAGAUAUGUUCAAGGAUUGUUUAAUAACUGAAAAAUACCCAGAAAAAUCAUGUUUGGAGUUCUCAUUUCCAUGCUUUCCAUGCUCAGUGUAUUUUUAAAUUGUACAUUUGUUACGUGUUCUUUUUCAAUUUUUUUUUGAGAAUUUCUUUAAAUAAAUAUUUUUACUAAAAUCACAGAACACUAUAUUACAAAGUAUUCUUUACUAAAUACAAUUCAUGAAAAGUGUAUUUUUGCAUUUCCUUGAGAAACAUUUGUGUUUUGAUGCAUCUCCAUUGGGCGCUUUGACGCAAGGGAACACCUGAUGCUUUGCAAAGCUGCUGGUGACUGGGUGUGGCACUCUAGAAGGCCUGCAGGUAGACCCCGGAGCACUGACCUUUCAGCUCCGCUGAGGCGCCAAGCAGGAUCAGGUCCUGGAUCAGGUCCUGGUGCACAGUGAAGCCACCACUCAAGCUGGCCCCCAGGGGGAGGGCUCCUGAUCAUCCGUUCAUUUCUUCUGUGGAACACACCACACUCAGAGGACUUGGCUGCCGCAGCGGGGGGAAAGUCGACCUAAGAGGAAAACAGACAAACAUUUCUAAGUAAGGACGAUGUUUUAGACGUGGAUAUCCUCUCAAAGAGACAGAAGAAAUAAACGUAAGAUUCCUUAGAGACUGCCCAGUGGACAGAGGAAUCUACACAGCCAAACAGGAGCUGCCCGCCAUCGACUGCAGUCUUUUAAAAUACGCUUUAUUGGCAAGCUUCCUGCAUUGUAACAGAAGCAAAAGAAAGUUUGGGUGACAGUUUUAAUGACUAAAGGUAGGAAUUCAACCUGGUUUUGAUGAGUGGUUUUUAAGGGGGGUGGAAUUACUGUGGUAAACUUGAUGAAGAGGAGCCCGGAAGUGUUGGUCAUUGUGAUCUUUCGAAGACAUAAGAAGGGCAAAGGUUACAAGCUAUGCCACACAAAGAUAAACGUAUAAUGUGUUUACAAUAAAAUUUUGUGAACUUUGC